UGUCCCACCCCAUCCACGAACCAACCAACCAUCUCGAUCUCCUCCACUCGAUCUUCGUUACAAUAGGUAUACCACCCUCCUCCCCACCACUUGUACCCCCCAAGAUCAUGCCAGGUCCCGAUGUCAAGGUGGAUGCGGGAGAAAAAAGAGGGAAAGAUGGUGGUGUAUAGUACCGCUGCGGCCUCUGGCAACAACAAAACCGAUUGUGACAUCUCCGAGAAACGAAAAUUCCGGGGCUAGCCCCCAACCGCUCCCCCAACCCCCAUAUAAAACGGGUGAUUAGCUCCCGUCCCCAUCUCACGGAUAGUUUCCUAGCUGUAUGUACUCCUCAGAUUUCUGAUUUCCGAUCUGUCAUGAAAUUUUCCGGGAAAUAAAAGCUGCGCAAGAAAUGAGAGGUUGAGAGAGGCGUACCAGCAAACUACAUGGUUCCAAACCGGGUAUCUGGAUCUUGCGUAACCCGGCGAAGCAGUCGUACACUUUUGAGGGGCGCUUGCUGUGGUGGUGUUGUAGUCGAAAAGCCCCCCCGUCUUCCGGUGUGAAUUUGCGCAGAUAACUACAAGUCGGAGAAUCGGGUCGACAUUCUCCGGUGUCAGCUGUCCAAUUCCCGUGGGUCUGUCUCACUUCUGUCUCUCCUUACCCGCACUGUCAUCCUGUUACCCAUAGACACAAAGUCAGUCUCAAAAUAAACCUCUAUCCCUACCUUGACUUUUGUUACUUUGAUGAGCAGUCCAGAUCUCAGAUCCCAAAAGUUAGAUAUUGUUACUAACUAACGAGAUUCUGGUGUUCGGUCCCACCUCUACUGGGCAACCACCCCCCCCCCUCCCCUUCCCCGUCCUGCUGUGUUACCCAUCACGAGGGUAUAGCCAACCAGGUAAACCGACAUCAGAUCUUGCCCAUCACCAACCAACGCCGGCCAUUGCACUGCCAUCGGAGGAUACCUAUGCUGAUCAGGCCAGAAGCGAGAACUGCUGCGAGGAACGCCACGAGGCCAUUAGAUCCGUGUCUGUCAAGGAUCGCUCCGGUUGCGGGGUUCCCUAUCAAAGUCCUGAGAGGGUUUGUUCAGUAUAGAGAGAUAAGUGACCAGACAAAUCUGGAGAACUUACGCAAACCCCGAAAUUGCAUAGGCGAAGCCUAGCCAUUUCCCCAUGUCUUGAGGCUUACAAAGAGCACCCAUGCAAGCCACUACACGACAGAAACGUCAGCAAGUCUUCAAGCCAGGGAUAUGUUUCUUGAAAUCCUACCGCCUAGAGGCACAAAGCUUCCUGUGCCGAUGCCCAUAAGAACAACCACCAGAUAGAGCAUGUCGAUGGAACUCGCUCCCGCCGGCAGCCAGAUGGCAAGUACCGCUGUCAAUGUGAAAAUAUUCAUGGCUAUGGUUGUGUUCAGCGGACCAAGCAACCUAUCGGACACAAACGGUGGCAAGAUUCUCCCAAAAGCAGCGCCAAUGUUGUACGACAUCAUGAGGUAGAACUGCUUCUCCCCAAAGUUGGUCGCCACGGCGUAAGAGGGGAUCGACCCCCAUUGGAUGAAGAGGACGAGUUCGUAUGCUGCGCACAAAUUUCUGAGUUAGUAUUGCCCAGUUGACGUCUUUCUGGACUACCAAGGUCACUCACCGAAUAUGGCAUAAGUAAUGAGCCAAAAUUUGGGGUUUUGGAUGAUCCCCAGUAUCGACUGCCAUGUGCCGCAUGCCUUCCGGGAGAUCUCCGUUUCUCCUGCCGUCCUUUGCUCUCCCUGCGUCUUAGAUUGCGGCGGUAGGUUGGUCUCAACGAGCAGAUUGCCCAACGUGACAAACAUGGCCAGGAUGAGAGUCAAGAUCAAGGCUGCAUCCCUCCAUUGCAGCCAGUCAAACAGACUCUGGAGCACAAGCGACCGUCGUGAUAGUUGCUACACCGCUCAUGUUAGCCCGCGUAUGUUGCUACUCCCAAACUUGCUUCUGAUGAGCCACGUACCAGAUGAAACUCCUGCCACCACCAUGCAACCCAUCAGCUCGCUAUAGGUCGACGAGAAAGCCAGACCUACGAAGGACGCAAGAUAUAUCAUGCUGUUGACCGCCAAGACCCACCUUGAACCAUAUCGGUCGAAUACAAUGCCGGCCGGGGCCGCUACGAAGCAGUCCAGAAAGCCAAACAUGGAUAUGAUCCACGAGAUCUCACUGUCUGUGUAUUUCUUGAGCAUGUAUUCUUCCCAGUGUGUCUGAAAGAGACCGAUGGUGCUCAACAGUCCGUAAACGGCCACCGAUAGACAGUAAGAGCCUAUCACGACCUUCCAUGGCCGCCAACCCCGAUCCAUCUCGGCCUGUGGCGCCGAUACGUUGGGCGGACAUGCAGCCAAAACGACAUCUGCAUACUCCAAGUCCCUGGUUGCCGGUGUUGCCAUCUGCGGUGGCUUUUCAGCAAGAGCCGAAGCCGACUGACGAUCUAGAUGUCUGAAGCAAGGGUCUGUCAGAUCUCACUUUCUUAAACGCUUGAAUCUCCUACUUGCAUGCAUGCAGGAUUGGGUCCCCAUACUUCAUCUUGGUUUCUUCCCCUGGCGGUGUCGUGGUGUUGGAGCCUCUCGGAUCGAACAUCAUGGCCGGAAAAGUAUAUGAGGGUCGUAGCUGCAGGGCACCAAACUCAAAACUCGGCGAAUAAUCUGGCUCAACGGUGACGAAAUUCGGCCCCUGGAUCAAACCGAUCAACCCGAAUCAUAUUGGUGCUCAAGUCGCGUUAGCUCCGGUCUAGAGACGAAGAUCCUAACGGUCAACCGGCGUCGAGGUGUGUUUAUGCACCGCAGGAGCCUCAGUUUUCACCAAGAGCACAGUGAGAAAACCUGGCCUGGGCUCGCUCUCCCAAGGCAUGUUGUCCCCCACCAUCAGGAGCAUAUCCCGCGCUCACUUCUUCAUGCUGACACCACUCCGUAGUGGGGCGUUGGGGCAGAUAUUGGAUGAGAGUCUGGGAUGGGAAGGUGUCAAGCAACCCUUGCUGCAUUCCGGCCAGCAAAACCUGGAGAUCUGGUGAGAAAGAGGUCCUACCUGACAGCGAGAUUCAGUGUCACGGUAUCUGAGAGGCCCAUUCUCAAAGUCCUUUGUGAUUGUUGAGCUGUAAACACAGUGGGAGAGAGCAUCGCAAGAAGACGGGAUUAAGACUUGCGGCAAACAUCCUGAAUAGUGCGGCCCAACCUCCUGACUCUCAACCGUCCAAGGCUAUAUAUACUCCAAUUUUGAAACAUCAAGCAGGCUGGCGGUCAGCUGAGCAUCAGGCGAAUAAUAGGACAAUCUGCUUCACCGUGCCUGCUAGGAGAAGCUCGCACAGAGCACCAGUCAAUUUACUCGGUCGCCUCAACAGAGAAUAUUGAGUUGCUCAUAUAGAGUGAAUAGUGUGACGGCGGAGAGCAACGACACCGUGUGAAACCCGACCCACCUGGAUAAUUCACUCUCAUCUGUAUUGUCACCACACCAUCUUAUCUGAGGCUCUGGACGGGGAGUAUAAGUAGCACUUGCUGUUCCCCGGCCUCAAUAUCCCCCACUUCCUCUCAGAAACAAGGCAAGAGGAUAGGAUAUCUUACCAGUCGACACUCGAGAUCACCCAAAUCAACCCACAUCUCCUUCACAACCGCCGACCGAGAAGCCUUUCGAUAUUCUCAUCAGCGCGGCCAUCAACAUGGUGUCCUUGCUGUCUCGCCACGGGCCUUCCGUCUGCCUCCGCGCCCCUGCCUUGGCUCGCACAGUCACAGCAGUGCCCCAUCGCCAGGCCCAAGUCGCCGAUGUAGGCAAAGGCCUUGAGACUACCACCAGCAGCAUUCCCCUCUUUAUGAACAGAAAGAGUGCGGCCCAGAGCACGACUCCUGCUCCAAUCGUACGCCCCGUUGCCACCGCGCUUCCCCAAGACAGGGAUGAGUUCUGGCGCGAGGUGCCUGUUUGGGAGAAUGUGUCGGCCAAGGACUUUCUCUCAUAUCGUUGGAGCGUUGCCAAUACUGUGCAGGGCACAGCCAAGCUGUUCAAGUUUCUGCAGGCUGUCGUCCCGGAAGAAGUGCCUCUGCAUGAACUGGGCACGCAGAUGCAGUCUCGCGAUGAGUUCAUCGCGGAUGUUAUGGAGGGUGUGGCUGCUGCAACGAUGGCCAUACGAAUGACUCCGUACAUCUUGAGUCGGGUCAACUGGGAGAACCCCCGGCACGACCCCAUCAUUCGCCAGUUUCUUCCUCUCAAGUCGGUGCUCAUUCCCGAUCAUCCCAAGUUGGCGCUUGACUCGCUUCACGAGGAGGCCGACUCCCCCGUCAAGGGCCUUGUUCAUCGGUAUAGCGACAAGGCCCUCUUCCUGCCAACCUCGGUGUGCCCAACUUAUUGCAUGUUCUGCACGCGGUCCUACGCUGUGGGAGCCGAUACGGACACUGUCACCAAGGCAUCUCUGAAGCCGACCCGCAGGAGAUGGGAGGAGGCCUUCGCGUACAUCGAGAACACGCCCGCCCUGCAGGAUAUUGUCGUCUCUGGAGGCGACUCUUACUACCUGCAACCGGAUCAGCUUAGAAUGAUUGGCGACAGGCUGAUUGGCAUGCCCAACAUCAAGCGCUUCCGCUUUGCCUCCAAGGGACUGGCGGUAGCCCCGAGCCGUAUCCUGGACGAGUCGGACGGUUGGGUCAAUGCCCUCAUCGACAUAUCCAACAAGGCCAAGAAGGCUGGAAAAGUUGUUGCCUGGCACACUCACUUCAACCACCCCAACGAGAUCUCGUGGAUCAGCACAGAUGCUAGUCAGAAGUUGUUUGAGGAAGGCGUCAUGGUCCGAAACCAGACAGUGCUUCUGCGGGGCGUGAACGACGAUGUCGACACUAUGUCGAAGCUGAUCCGUGAUCUUGCCGACAACAAGGUCUUCCCUUAUUAUGUCUACCAGUGCGACAUGGUGGAGAGAGUCGAGCAUCUGCGGACACCGCUGCAGACAAUUCUCGACCUCGAGGCCCGCAUCCGCGGCUCCAUCGCGGGUUUCAUGAUGCCUCAGUUCGUCGUCGAUCUUCCUGCCGGCGGCGGUAAGCGUUUGGCCUGCUCGUACGAGUCAUAUGACCCCAAGACAGGGCUAUCGACUUACAUGGCUCCGGCUGUGACGGGCCGCGACAAGGAGAACAAGGUCUACGAGUACUACGACCCCAUCGACACUCUCCCCAACUAAAGAUUCGACCGCCUAGAUAGGGCACACCGAGUAGACGAGAUACAGGCGAUGAUGAUGUGACUUUGGCCAGGUCAAAUGGGGAAGGCGUUUUGGUAUUUUUUUUUUCAUGGCGUUUGCAUGUGGUGCCAAAGUGAGGAGGUUUGGUGUUUAACAGUCACCAGGUUGCCAGGAUGCUUGUCUGAAUCGUGACGGGAGUGGCAGAAGUGUGUGCAUCUGAUACAGCAGAGGCGGGGAACCGGUGAGGGUGGAAAUCUGCGUCAAAGGGUAGGGCGGAAACAAAUUAUGACAUGUUAUAUGAGCGGGACACAAGCGAUAGAGCGGAAUCAGUGUUUUCUAGACGCAAUUUGACUCGAAUGAGAGGGAAAUGCAUCUCGCACAAUGCCUGAGGUUGUAGGUUGCCGACGAAUUUCACGAUGGCGGACACUUGAAUCUUGCUUGUCUGUGGGUCUCCAUCAAUCACCAGACACAUUUUUGGUCUGAAGCUCUUUCCUACAGACUGAGAACCCCCAGAAAUGCUACGUAGUAGCAGCGACAACUGAGGUGUACCUCAUGAUCAACGCUCGGCCGUACAUCGGUGAAGCUUAAUUCGACGAUUGCAAUCCUAUCCCCUUCAAUCCGCCUACCUUAUCUGAAGCGGUGAAGGUGGGACACUCACUUUGUGCUGAGAGCUUCUAGGAUCAUCAACAGGAAGCAAGUUCAAAACCAUGCCAUGGCCGGUUUUUAUUGGCAUAGACGGCCGCAUAGACUCCCAAUUGGGCAUGACUUCUCCUAGGCAUCCACCAGAGGCCAGAUCUUGACCUCAUAGACGGAAUGUGCCACUUCCAACCGCCAGGGAUUCAGCCUGGCCUCCCAGGUCGCCGGAUCUCGCCUCGUAUCCUUACAUUGGCAUCCGUGGUCGUGGGGGUUGAGCAACCCAUCCAAAGGCCCUGAUGGGAUCCUCGAAAGAGAUUGGGAUACUCACACGAACAGCCAGCGCCUUCUACGGUUCCCUGCAGCAUCGAUAUCUUCUUUCUGCGCUGCGAAUAUCCGAAUUCACUGCCCUGCGUUCGGAGUGCCGGAUGGGUGGACGACGACAGCGUCGAUGACUGCCGCCCCUAGCAAGGGCUGAUAGGACCCAGGUACAACUAUUUUGAUAGAUCUCGAGAUCUUGGGGCUGCCAGGCCGAGUGAACCGGAUGUCUGGACCCAUCGUCCACCCAUCCAAUCUGAUCGCCUAUUAAACGGUUAGCCGUAUUAAGCCACAAGGGACUGGCCGGAAGAUCCGUGAUGGAGGAGACUGCCCCCUUGCCGGGUAAAAGAUGAGGGUUUGCCGUCUGUAGUUGGGAGGAAAAGCGCGAGGCUGAACAGGAGGAAGCGAGCACAACAUUGAAGUUGUCACACAACACCGCCAUUGCUUGUGCGUCGCUGAACAGCAU